GAAGAAGAAGAAGAAGAAGCAGAAGAAGAAGACAAGCAGCAGCAUGUUGGCCAGGAUGGCCGUGAGCAGAGGCGUCACUGCACAUCGCCUGUGCAAGAACGUCACUUUUUACGGGAAUGAAUCAACAUCUCCAGGAGCAGGAGGCCAGACCUGCCAGGAUCCCAAACCUCUUCUGUUGAUGCUGCCGUGGCUGGGAUCCCGGCCCCAAGCUGUGGCCAAGUACUCUGAAGUCUACUUCCGCACUGGCUUUGACAUACUUGUUGUGGAGAGUGAGGUGAAAGAUUUUCUGUGGCCUCGCUGGGGUCUGGAUCGAGGGAAGUUGUUGCUGGAGUUGCUCCAGAGCGAACGCUUCAUGUCCCGCCCCCUGCUUGUUCAUGCCUUCUCCAUUGGUGGCUACACCUUCACUCAGCUGCUCGUCCAUCUGACUCAGGACCAACAGAAAUACCAGGCUGUGACGAAUAGGAUCAAAGGUCAAGUCUAUGACAGCUUGGUAGUGGGGUCACUGGAUCACAUGGCCAUAGGUCUGGGUAAAACGAUGCUCCCUCGCUGGGAUAUGCUGAUAAAACGGAUAAGCCUGCUGUACUUCAGCAUGUUUAAACGCCAGACGGUGGACUACUUUAACUCGAGCAUCGAGGUGUUUUGGAACACUCCAGUCACCGCUCCGUCGCUCUUCUUCUUUUGUGACAAUGAUCUGCUGAGCGACGCCCCGACUGUAGAGAAGCUGGUCGAUUACUGGCGGAAGCGAGGGAUGGACGUUACAGCAAAGAAGUGGGAGGUUUCAACCCACGCAGGACACCUAAAGAGACACCCACAGGAGUAUCUGAGCACCCUGGACACGUUCCUGCAGUCGCUCCAAAUCACCCCUCUGAAGGCGAAGAUGUAGGAUGGUAUCACAUCUCAUACAAUUAAAAUCAUCAGUUUUUUAUUUUAACCUUAACCAGUUGGUUAUCUAUAUGGAAAGUUAUUUUAACGUUUCAGGAACUGAUAAAAAACAUUUGUAGGUUAAUUACUUGAUGAAGCUUAACUAAGAUAAACUGGCCAGUAACAAAUUUAAAUUAGUCUUAAAAAAUGUACAUGCACGUAAUAUUCUGUUGCAUUUACUAAAAAAAAAAAAAAAUUCCCACGGUCAGCGUUUUCAGUGCUUGUGAGUAAACCGACACAGUUGGCUGCAUGUUACUGGUUUUUAGAGCCAGUCCAAACUGCUGCUGCCUUUUUGAAGAGCAAAAGAAGAAUAUGACAUGACAUUUCUAAAAAACUUAAGUCUGGUCCUCUGGACAUUAAAAAAAAACG